AUGGCCAGAGAUGCAGAUGACCAGUUCUCCAGCUCUGUGGAGACCAAUGUGGUUAUUCGCCGUGAUGGCCAGAUUAUGUGGGACCAGCCGGCAAUAACCAAGAGCUCCUGCAAAGUGGAUGUGUCUUACUUCCCUUUUGAUGCCCAGCAGUGCUGACUCACCUUUGGCUCUUGGAUCCACAAUGGCAACCAGAUGGAUCUUCAUAAUGCCCUGGACAGUGCUGAUCUAGCUGACUUUGUAGAGAAUGUAGAGUGGGAGGUUGAGGGAAUGCCUGCAAAGAAGAACAUUAUUCUCUAUGGCUGCUGCUCAGACCCCUAUCCAGAUAUCACAUACACACUUCACCUGAAGAGAAGAGCUUCUUUUUACAUCUUUAAUCUUCUCAUUCCCUGCAUGAUGAUCUCCUUCUUGGCUCCGCUAGGCUUCUAUCUUCCAGUCGACUCUGGAGAGAAAGUAUCUUUAGGUUUAACAGUGUUACUUGCCCUUAUCUUUCAGCUUCUGGUUGCUGAAAGCAUGCCUCCUUCAGAGAAUGUGCCACUCAUUGGGAAAUAUUACAUUGCCACAAUGACCAUGAUUACAUCUUCUACAGCCCUGACCAUCUUCAUUAUGAACAUCCACCACUGUGGACCAGAGGCUCAGCCUGUUCCUGCACGGGCACGUUUCUUUAUCCUCCACUACUUGGCUCGAAAUUGCUUUGUCUAUGACAUGGGAGAGAGCUGCUUGUCUGUGUACACAGACAAACCUGCACAGAAGGGAAGCAACUGCACUUUAAAUGGACAGGCUGUGGGUGAGGACUUUGCUCCGAGGAUACGAGGUGUUUCAGCUGGUGAAGGCUGUUCACAGGAGAUAAAACAUCCAUUAAAUGGAGAUAUCAGUCCGACCUUAUCUGCCCGGCAAGGUAAAGAGUGUCAAACUGGCUGGAUAGAUGGUACCUGUGUGGGCAUUGACCAUGGAGAGGUUGCAGGAACUACAGCAGAGAGAGGGAGUGAGAGCAGAGCAACUGGGAAAGAAUCAGUCGAGAAGAGGGAAACAUGUUGCAAAACACAUCAGCAAAACAUCCUGAGGAAUAUCGAGUACAUCGCUAACUUUUAUCAUGAACAGAAGGCCACACAGAGACGAAAUGGGGAGUGGCGGAAAGUUGCCAAAGUCAUGGAUCGCUUUUUUAUGUGGAUAUUCUUUAUCAUGGUCUUUCUCAUGAGUUUGCUUAUUAUAGGGAAAGCUGUCUGAAGGUAUGAUAUUAAAGACAUCAGGGGCCUCAUGCAUAAACGUCUGUGUAGUUCUUAAAAAAGGCAUUGACACUGAUGUUGAUGACACAGGUCAGACAUACAGUGUCUCAUUUCUUUUAUUGUUGUAUUGUUCA